AUAACAUGCAGUACUUGUCGAACUUGUGGGCAUCUAAUUUGAUUUCCCGCUGUGAUAGAAACUAUGAGUUCCAUUCCGCUGCAAGGUAUUCCGGAAACGUUUGUUGGUGCGGAUGUAUUCAUCACCGGAGGAUCUGGGUUCAUGGGCAAGGUGCUAAUCGAAAAGUUACUGAGAUCAUGUCCUGGUAUCGAUCAUUUAUUUGUGUUGAUACGCCAACGAAAAGGAAAAUCUCCAGAAGAGCGAGUCAAAGAUUUAGUGCAAAUUCCAUUAUUCGACAAAAUACACGAAGUUUGUCCGGAUGUGUUGCAGAAAAUUGUUCCUAUAAGUGGUGAUUGCUCCAAGCUUAGAAUGGAUUUGGAUGAGCCCAGUGAGAGGCAGUUAGAGCAUGUACAGUUUGUAUUCCACGCCGCUGCCAGUGUUCGAUUUGAUGAUCCGUUGACAGAUGCUAUACUGCUGAAUACACGGGGUACACGUGAAGUUUGUAGAUGGGCGAAGACUUUAAAAAAAUUGAGGGCUCUGGUUCACAUUUCCACAGUAUAUAGCAAUCCAGAAGUUUUCGAAAUCGACGAACGAAUCUAUCCGGCAAAAAUGAACUGGCAGAAAGCGAUUGAAAUGGCAGAGAACGUGGAUUCGGAAAUCUUGAACACAUUAUAUCCAAAGUUAACUAAUUUCGCCCCGAAUACCUACACAUUUAGCAAGGGCCUGGCGGAGCAAAUAUGUUACGACUACCACAAGGAACUUCCAGUCAUUAUUUUCCGACCUUCUAUCGUGACCAACAGUGAGAAGGAACCCAUACCUGGUUGGAUUGAUAAUUUCAAUGGACCAGUUGGUUUAAUGGUGGGUUGCGGAGUUGGGAUUAUGCGUUCAGGAUACAUCAACUUAGACAAUCGCAUGAACUGCAUACCGGUAGAUGUGAGCAUUAAGGCAAUCAUAAUUGCAGCCUGGCAGAAGGCAUGGGAGACACCAGGACAAUUGACGAUCAUAAAUUCUGCUGCGGAAUUGUGUAAAACUCUGACCUAUAGGCUACUGAUAAAGGAUGGGGAAUGGAUUAAUAACAAAGCUCCAAUCGAAAAUAUGUUCUGGGCUCCUGGAGGACAAUGUACUCGCUGCAUCUAUAUGUUCUACCUUAUGUUUUUUUUCUAUCAGUUACUUCCAUCAGCCCUAAUCGAUUUGGUAUUGAGAGUAAUAGGACAAAAACCAUUUUUAGUGAGGUUGCAGCGUAAGAUAUUUUAUGCACACAUCUCUCUGGAGUAUUUCACAAGCAAUCAAUGGACAUUUAUAACGACAAAUUUUCGGAAACUCUCCUUCGCAUUGUGGGAAAAUGAUCGGAUGAACUUCAACACCGAUUAUUUACUCAGUAGUUUGAUGGAGUACCUUCAGAUUUCUAUGUUAGGAGGACGACGAUAUCUUCUCAAGCAAUCGGAUGAUACGAUUCCGGCAUCGCGAAGAAAACAACGUCGUUUGAUAUUAUAUAACCAAACACUGAAAAUUUGUAUUAUUUUUAUAGUUGCGUACAUUUUAUACAAAAAAGUUUAUUUUCUGAUGUAGCAGUGUGUCAAUAGAAGCUUAGAUGAGAUAUUUUGUUGUGAUUCUACCAAAAUCUGAUAUUUUAAAUUUUGAAAUGUUAGAAUUCCUUUACUUCUUUCUCAUAACAACUCUACCUAGCCAGCCUGAUUGCGAAGCGAUUUUAUUUCAUGUGACCUGAUUUUCUUUCGUGGAUCUGGGACUUGUGGAUGAAGUAAGAAUUGUAUUCAAUAUAUUCAAUGUGAAGACUAAGCAACGGUAUAGUUGAAUGUGCCUAUCCGUAAUGGUACCAUAUAUAAAAAGUCCUUUAUUUUAUUUGUCCCAUAAGUAUGACUUUGUCGAGGAAAUUCUUCAUUUUCUAGAAGUCUUGUUUUACUUACUUACCUAACAGCUAUAGGCCUGGGGUGUCCUUUGUUGUAUCAAGAAUACGUCUCCACAUAACUCGGUCCAUGGCUGCUCGUCGCCAGCCACGCUUCUGAGAUCACCCUCCACUUGAUCGAUCCACCUUGCGCGCUGCGCUCCUCUUCUUCUUGUAUUAGUCGGAUUAGAUUCAAGAACCAUUUUCACUGGGCUGUCGUCUGACAUUCUUAUGACACGCCCAGCCCAUCGUAUACGUCCGAUUUUAGCUGUCCGUACGAUAGGUGGUUCUCCUAGCAGCUGUUGCAAUUCGUGAUUCAUACGCCGUCUCCACGUUCCGUCUUCCAUCUGCACGCCGCCAUAGAUGGUCCUGAGUACCUUUCUUUCGAAAACACUGAGGGCGCGUUGGUCCUCUGCCAACAUAGUCCAGGUCUCGUGGCCAUAGAGAACAACCGGCCUAAUUAGCGUUUUGUAGAUGGUCAAUUUCGUGCGGUGGCGUACUUUUCUCGAUCGAAGGGUUUUUCUGAAUCCAAAGUGCGCACGAUUCCCUGCCAAAAUACGUCUCUGUAUUUCUCCGCUGGUGUCAUUGUCGGCGGUCACCAGUGAGCCCAAAUACACGAACUUGUCAACCACCUCGAUAUCGUCACCGUCUAUCAAUAUUCGGGGUGGGAGGCGUUGUGUUUCUUCUCUAGAGCCUCUUCCUCUCAUGUAUUUUGUUUUUGACGCAUUUAUGGCCAGUCCGAUACGCCUAGAUUCAGCUUUCAGUCCGAUGUAGGUUUCCGUCAUCUUCUCAAGGUUACGUGUCACAAUAUCAAUAUCGUCAGCGAAGACAAAAAGUUGUACGGACUUUCGGAAGAUCGUGCCACUUGUGUCGAUCCUCGCUCUUCGAAUCACACCUUCCAGGGCAAUAUUGAACAAGUUACAAGAAAGUCCAUCACCUUGACAUAACCCUCUCCGAGAUUCGAAGGGACUCGAGAGCGUCCCAGAUACUCGGACGUAGCAUAUCACUCUAUCCAUCGUUGCUUUGACCAAUCGCGUCAGUUUAUCCGGGAAACCGUAUUCGUGCAUUAUCUGCCAUAGCUGUUCUCGAUCGAUUGUGUCGUAUGCCGCUUUGAAGUCAAUGAAUAGGUGAUGCGUGGGUACGUUGUAUUCACGACACUUCUGGAGUACUUGUCUUAUCGCGAAUAUGUGAUCCGUAGUGGCGUGGGCUCCAGUAAAUUCUGCUUGGUACGGCCCUACGAAUUCCUUAGCUAUUGGUGAUAGAUGAAGGCAAAGGAUUUGGGAGAGUACCUUGUAGGCGGCGGUCAGCAAUGUGAUUGCGCGGUAAUUGCAACAAUCUAGCUUAUCGCUCUUUUUGUAAACGGGACAUACCACUUCAUCCAUCCAUUCCUGCGGUAGAAUCUCCUCUUCCCAAAUUUUAGAAAUCAUCGCGCUCUAGCCAGUGCCUCUUCUCCAUGUUUGAGCAGCUCGUCUGGCAACUGGUCAUUGCCCGCGGCUUUGUUGUUCCUCAGCUUGCCGAUCUCCUCACUUAUCUCCUACAGAUCAGGGGCUGGGAAUCUGUCGUCGGCUGACCGUACACCAAUAUUGAUUUAUGUACCGUUCUCUGUAUCUUGUGCUCCGCCAUUCAGAUGCUGCGGACCUUAUGUUCCUUCAGCCGACUUCUAGAGUCACCACGUCAAGCUGCUCUUCCGUUGGUAGCACUAGCUCCAGUUGUUGCGCGUAUUCCUCUGCAGUACGAACGCUACGUAGCUGCUCGAGAUUGAGUACCGGCGUUCCUGUGUGUAACCAUAUUUUACACUGAUUAAUUGUUGGCUCCACCACAAUACAAAUGUAGCGAAGACUCACACGCUCGAGUUCCCAAAUUCCUUAACCCAACUCAGAUCACUACCGUUACCGUGUGAGUGAUAGCCUUCCACGUCCAUUCUUAUGUCUGAGACGGAUGGGUCACUCACCACGGAAAGUGUUGCAUGUGCUCGACCAGGAUGUUUCAUCACAACGGUUUGAACAUUGUGUUGCGUGAGAUGCUCCCUAUGGCUGUUGGAGCUAGGAAAAAGGCUACCAAUAUUUGAAAACGUAACUGUCAGUUCGGUUGGUAUCGAGAUAAUGGUGACAUUUGUCUCAAUGCUACCUGAACUUAGUUGACUCGGUAAAGUGCCUGAAACGUUCUUUCGCAUGUGAACACUUGAAGAAUUAAGAAGUGCGCGCGGUUUUCGGAUUUUGCUAGUAUUACAUUUUCUUAAUGGUGGAGUGGUGUUCAGUACUAAUUAUGUUUUAUUUCUAUAGAUAACAGUAGAGAAUUAAAAGUUAAAUAGUUAAUAGUAAAAGAAUACAAAGUGUUAGUACGGUUAGUUAAUAAUUGAAAACAUUUGUCAGUAAUUAUAAAAAAAUGUUAUAUAUUUUGUACAGUGUUAAAAAUAGUUGAUUAAAAUACGGAAAACACAUUCACACAGAUUAAAAACGUUAUAAAAGGUAAAUUUAUAAAAUAAAAUAUGGGUAAUGAAUUGGUGUUAGGUUAAGUUCCCCAUGCGCUUUAUGCUAAUGACUGUUGGGUAGGUCCCCAGCGGGCCUUUUAUUCUUGGGCUUCGGACUUCGUUCGGAGUGUGUUUUCACAGGCCAAAAAGCACCUGAUCCAGUAGCGACGAGUUAUCCAGAAAACCACUGAAGCGGAAAAAUAAUGAACGAAGGGGUUCACUGCGAAAAGUAGCACGAGACCACUAGUGCAUGGACGUCAUUGUCAUCUACGACGCCAUUACCAUCUCUCACCGCCAUAGCAUUCCGGACGUCAUCACCAUCUCAGACGCCAUUGCUAUAUCUGGCGCCAUUGUCACCGUUGAUGCUAUUACGCUCUAUGGCGUUAACGUAUCCAGGUUGCGAGUGACGCCGAUAAAAACCUACUACCACGCUGGAAUCAUGACCGGCUAGAUCGGAAGAACCGGACCUACACCAACAAAAACCCAUCAAAAGCGCAAGUAGUUAGAGUAUUAAGUGACGUCACUAGCCAUAAGUUAAAUGUACAGGGAAGGGAACUGAAUAAAUUAUAAAAAUGU